GGAUGGAGUGCGGAGGUACCUGCAGCUGCCAGCAGACCAGACAGUGCUGAUAUUGCAUGCCAAAGUUGCACAGAAGUCGUACGGCAACGAAAAAAGGUUUUUCUGCCCUCCCCCAUGUGUUUACCUGAGUGGGCCAGGAUGGAAGCUAAAGCAGGAGCAGAUAAAAGCCUGAUGGAGACUCAGAAGCUCAGCUUUGAGGAGCAACCAGAUGCAAAGGGGUUCAGCUGUGCCAAGGCGCUGUACAUCUCGGACACAGACAAGCGCAAGCAUUUCCGUCUCGUCCUGAAGCUCUUCUUCAGCAAUGGGCAGGAGAUUGGCACCUUCCACAGCAAACUCAUCAAGGUCAUCUCCAAGCCCUCACAGAAGAAGCAGUCGCUGAAGAACACAGACCUCUGCAUCUCCUCGGGCUCCAAAGUGUCCCUCUUCAACCGCCUGCGCUCCCAGACUGUCAGCACUCGGUACCUGUCAGUGGAGGGAGGAGCCUUCAUCGCCAGUGCCAGGCAGUGGGCAGCCUUCACCCUCCACCUGGCCGAUGAGCACUGCACCCGGAGCGAGUUCCCCCUGCGGGAAGGAUAUAUCCGCUACGGCUCCGUGGUCCAGCUGGUCUGCACGGCCACCGGUGUCACCCUGCCACCCCUGAUCAUCCGGAAGGUGAUGAAGCAGUAUGCCAUGCUGGAUGUGGAUGAGCCCAUCUCACAGCUCCACAAAUGUGCCUUCCAGUUCCAAGGCAGUGACCGCAUGUACCUGUGUCUCUCCACGGACAAAGUGAUCCAGUUCCAGGCAUCUCCCUGCCCGAAGGAAGCCAACCGGGAGCUGCUGAAUGACGGCUCAUGCUGGACCAUCAUCAGCACCGAGACAGUGGAGUACACCUUCAGUGAGAGCCUGACCUGUGUCCGUGAACCUGUCAGCCCUGUGCCACUCAUUGCUGCUCUGCAGAUCACGGGCGGUGGGGACGUGGCCAUGCUGGAGGUGCAGGGGGAGUAUUUCCACGCACAUCUCAAGGUUUGGUUCGGAGAUGUGGAAGCAGAGACAAUGUACAGUGACUGGAGGUGGCUGCGAUAUCCCAUCACGGUUCCACUCCUGUUGAUCAGGGAUGAUGGUCUUAUCUACUCCAGCUCGUUCACAUUCACCUACACCCCAGAACAGAGCUUCAUCCCAGGGCAGCAGGUCCUCUCAGAUAUCCCCCAGGACUCAGACAGAUUACUUGACAGCAUCCAUCAAGAGUUCACCAGGACCAACUUCCACCUCUUCAUGCAGAGCUAGCAAGCUGGGUGGGCAGAGCUUGGCCUCGCUGCUGGCCCAGGGUAGGGGAGCAGCCCUGAGCCCUGUCAGGGUGGCACAUUAAGGGUUCAGGGUGGCCCUGCCAAAGGGUCCCCCCCAUUCAUUGAAUGCCUACCACGUUCCUGUGAUUUGCUGGCUUGUCUUUGUCACAGCAGAAUCUCGCCCUGCUAAGACCUCACAUGAGAGCAUCAAUAAAUCAGGCUUGAAGGAC